AUGGCGAUUUGUGCAAAAGUUCUUGUUUUUCUCGCCGCUAUCAUCUCCAAAUCUGCUCCGCCCUAUAGGAUCAUUAUUACUGAUGGGAUAUUGAGAGGUUAUACCCCUAACAACGCCUCUGUAACAGUAAAAGCUAGACAGCAACAUGACAUCACAUGUGAAGCAUACGGGGCAAGGCCUCCUGCAGUACUAGAAUGGCAUAUACCAGAUGGUGUAACCGUGGUUCUUCAGAAACAGUCUGAUGUCGUACAAGACAACAGCUAUGUCUCUCUGAAGGCUGUUACAAUCACGCCCUCUAGGAAUGAUCAAGGAAAGAGUCUGUACUGUGUGGUAUCACAUCCAGUGCUACAAAAUAAUCUUCAACACUCAGUUCACCUGAAUGUUCAAGGCCCACCAGAUAAUGUUAAAAUGACAACCCCUGAUGAUCUACGUGAUGGUAUAGAAACCAACGUAACCUGCACAGCUGUUAAUGGAUACCCUGCUCCGCUCAUCCAUUGGUACAUCGGAUCAACAAAUGUGACACAAGAUUCGUCUUUUAAGACUUCAGUGAAUGAAAUUGGUCGGUAUGAUGCUGAAAGCACCCUUACCCUCAUACCAAAGAGGAUUGAUCAUGGAAAACCUCUUAUUUGCCAGGCAGUUCAACCUACAACACCCUCAAUAUGGUCAGUGAAUGAUAGCAUCGUUCUCAACAUAUCAUUCGAACCUAGAUUGCUUUCCAUCACUGACGGUCUGACUCAGAAUCGAUACAAGUAUGGUUCAUCUGUGAGCAUCACAUCUGGGCAAAUCCACAACCUAACAUGUUCAGUCCAAGGCGCUAGGCCACCUGCAGAACUAGAGUGGCACAUUCCUGAAGAAGUGCAGAUUCGACUGGAAGAUCAGUAUAACGGUGUUAGUGGUGACGCUUACACCUCUCAGACAGUUGUUUCUGUUACUCCGUCUAGGAAUGAUGAUGGAAAGAUUUUCCGUUGUGUGGCAUCGCAUCGGGAGCUGGAUAAUGAGCUUCAACUAUUCAUCCAAUUAGAUGUUCAAGUACCGCCAAGUGACCUCGAGCUUACUGCGUAUGGAUCCAUAGCUUCCAAUGCAACAGAGACAAGAAGUGUCAUUAUCUUUGAAGAUUCUGCAACAUCAUUCACCUGCAAGAGUGUAGGAUCUCGUCCAAAAGCUCUUAUAUCGUGGACCAUUGGUUCAGAGGACGACCUAGGAAGCACAACAUCUACGUCUACGACGAAUGAGGCCGACCAAGGUCUACGUGACACCAAGUCCACUCUAGAGAUGAUUCCAAGGAGGAGGCAUCACAAUAAACUCCUUCGAUGUGUGGCCUGUGCUGGUAUAAAUCAAAGUCACACAGAAGUGAGGGUUAUAGUGUUUGCUCCGCCAAAUAGGAUACUUAUCACGGACGAGAGAUCGGGCGGUUAUUACACUAACAACGCCGAUAUGACGGUAACUGCUGGAGAGCUGUAUACCAUCACAUGUGUAGCAUUUGGGGCAAGGCCUCCUGCAAUACUGGAAUGGCGUAUACCAGAUGACGUAACUGUUGUUCUUCAAAACCAGUCUGAUGUCGCACAAAGCAACAGCUUUAUCUCUCGGAAGGCAAUUACAAUCACGCCCUCUACAAAUGCUCGAGGAAAGAAUCUCCGCUGCGUGGCAUCACAUCCUGAACUACCAAGCAGCCGUCAGAGUUCAGUUUACCUAAAAGUUCAAGGCAGUUCAACCUACAACACCAUCCGUGCGGGUAGUUCAACAUACAACACCCUCAAUGCGACAAGCAUGUCUACUCGUAUAUGGAACCCAGAAGUCAUCCCAGUCUUUGGAGAGAAUAUCACACUCGUCUGUAUUUACACGCCACCAUCCACGUCUCGGCUACUGUCUUGGCGAAAUGUGGACGGCAUUUUACUGGCUAUCGACACAUGUCAAGGAGUGGGAUACAGUAACAAGCAAAAUGUUCCAGAUGUAUCUAAGUACAGCUUGAGGGUAGAUUCUUCCAGCGCCGAACCUACAUUGCUAUCCAUCACUGACGGCCGGACUGAAAAUGGAUACAAGUAUGAAGAAUCAGUGAGCAUCACAUAUGGGCGAACCCACAACCUAACAUGUUCAGUCGAAGGUGCUAGACCACCUGCGGAACUGGAGUGGCACGUUCCCGAAGAAGUAGAGGUUCAAAUGGAAGAUCAGUAUAACGUUGUUCAUGUUGACGCUUACACCUCUCGAAGAGUUGUUUCCGUAACUCCAUCUAGGGACGAUGAUGGCAAGAUUUUCCGUUGUAUGGCUUCACAUCGGGAGCUGGAUAAUAAGCUUCGAUCAACCAUCCGUCUACAUGUUCAAGUCUCGCCAAGAAACCUGCGGCUCACCACCUCUGACCCCAUGACUAUCGACGAAGCAGGAACAAGAAGUGUCAUUGUCUUUGAAGACUCGGCAACAUCAUUCACAUGUAAGAGUACAGGUUCUCGCCCCAAGGCUGUCGUAUCAUGGAUCAUUGGUUCGGACGACGACCUGGGAAGCACGGCCUCUAUGUCAACCUUGAAUCAGACUGACCAAGGUUUGCGUGACACAAAGUCCACUCUGCAGUUUAAUCCCAAAGAGGAGGCAUCACAAUCAACUUCUCCGAUGUGUGGCCUGGGCUGGUAUAAACCAGAAUCAAACAGAAGUGAGGGUUAUCGUAUAUGGUGA